AUGGUGGAGAUGAAUGUUGUAAAAGGGGUAUACAGGAAGGAAUGGCAAGAUGGAUGCUUCUUUCGGGCUGUCGGACGCAUCUCUGUAACACCAUUAUCAUGCGAUAAGUUAUCCUUCCGUGCCUGUGCGAUUAUUCGUGGAGUGGAAGUGGGCUUGGCAGAACCGACUGUUUCCUAUAAUGUGCGGGUCGUGACUGUCCUCAGCUAUGUGCUCCAGUUCCAUCGUCCUGCCCCUCGUCUCUUCCAGCUCGAAGAUCGCGCCCUGUUAAUUAUUCAUUCUGGCCCGCGCUACAGCUUCAGUGGCAAAAUGAUGCAUCUUCUCGACGACGCAGGAUAUAACUUGUUCUGCCCUUCGAUUGCCUUCAUUGCGAACACCUCUGUGUUUCGAACUGCCAUGGGUUCUAGUGCCUGGGACGAGUAUUUGGAAACGUUGGCGGGGAUCCGCCGUUCCUCCAACUAUCUGAUCCCCGCCAGGUUGGUCUCUGGUUGGUUUGCAGAGCCGUUUCUCUCGUAA